AACAACUGCGAUUCCAUAGUGGGGCUCUGGUUUCACAGGGCUUCACAGGGCUGUUAUAUGUGGACAGCAAAGAAAACUUUUAAAAGAGUUUAUUUUUGUUGUGUUACGCCAUAUAUUGAGGAAGACUGUCCAUUCAGCUUAAAUGAGUGAGAAGGAUGUUAGUGCUAACCCACCACCAUCUCCUGAGACUCUCAAGGAGAAAAGUGCAAGCCACAAAUGUCUCAACCCUCCUGUUCCAUCAACUCAAUCCAUUCCAGGCACUGAGGCAGCGGGUCCCCCUCUCUCCAGUUCUGGUAACCCAGGCCAACCACCUAAAUCCACCCCUUCUUCAAGUCUAGAUACUAAAUUAAAACAAACCGAUGUUAAAACCUCAAAUCUUCCAGCCAGAUCAACAUCUGAAAUACCAGUAACACCGAAACCUGUACCUACAUCUUCACAUAUCUCUAAAACUACUCCAACUAUGCCAGCUACAAGAUCAUCAUCAUUAUCAAAAUCAACAUCAUCUUCUCCCAGUGACCCAUCCCCACCCAGCAUCACUAUUUCUGCUGAUCCUACACAAUCUACAUCUCCUCCUGAAGGUUCACUGUCCUCCUCCAAAACACCUGCAGUUGGUUCCAGUAAACUCCCACGUCAACGGAGCUUUCUGGCUGCAGCCCAAAAGGUGAUAAUGCAGGAGAAAAUAAAAAAGGCUGAGGAAGAGGACAAGGCUGAAGAAUGUGAUGAUAUGGAUGAAGAUCUGCCUUUUGAGGAGCUCCUGGAGAAAGCUGAGGCUGGAGACCCCAGAGCACAGAGUAGACUCGGUAAAUACUACCUUGAACUGGCAGAAGAAAAAGACACAGAGACAAAUUACUGUACAGCUGUUGAAUGGUUUUUGAAGGCAGCAAAGCAAGGUCGGAGGGAUGCAGCCAGACUACUUCAGAAAUGCUGGAUCCAAAAGAAAGGCAUCACACCAGAGAAUGCACAGGAAGUGAGAAGGUUGUCCUCAGAGAGUAAGUUUGAACAGGCGGUGAGGAGAGCAGCCAUGUCCAUGUAUUGGAAACUCAAUCCUGACAGAAAGAAAAAAGUAGCCAUGUCUGAGAUGCUGGAGAAUGUCAGCCAGGUCAAUACAAUACCAGGAGAACAUGCUGUAUGUGGUCUAACACCCAGCAUUUAUACUCAGAGGAAAAUUCUGGAGACCAUGGUUUCUAAUGAAUCUAGCUCUAAGUAUGUGGAUGUGGAAGAUUUUGUGGAGAUGACAAAAAAGUUCACCGAAGGUAUUGCGUGCACUCCCACACUGAAAACCUCAGGCGUAGAUGCAAAGGGAGAGGAGAAGAUGUUGAGGAGAAGUGAUGUAGCCACAUUAGAAAUGGAAAAAAAUGAAUUGGCCCCCGUCACUCAUAAGCGUCAUCGAAAGUCCAGUUGGGCAGUGUCAGGUAGUGGGAUGAUGCUGGCUACCAGACGCAGUGGUGCGAUGAAGAGAGCCCUGGACAUAAAAUCCCACUUUUUGGGUCUGCAGUACCCUCUCCAUUUGAUUAUUGAGAUGAAGGAACUUUUAAUUGACUGGGCAUCUCGUGCUGGUGUCCAGUGGCUGAGCACCAUCAUCCCAACGCAACACGUCAAUGCCCUUAUCUUCUUCUUCAUCAUCUCCAAUCUCACCAUUGAUCUGUUUGCCUUCGUCAUCCCGCUCCUCAUCUUCUACCUCUCCUUUAUCUCCAUGGCCAUCUGCACACUGAGGGUCUUCAAGAGCAGCAAAGGAUGGGAGAACUUCAAUGCCUUUACUGCACUCCUCACACGCUUCGAGCCCAGCCUGGACGUCGAGCAAGCCGAGUCCAACUUUGGCUGGAACAACCUGGAGCAGUACCUCUACUUCAUGAUAUCAGUGUUCUUUAUGAUCUUCACCUUCCCAGUAGCAGAUAAAGGCUGGAUCCCAUGCUCGGAGCUUUCCACAGUGGCCAUCUUCUUCACGGCAAUGAGCUACAUGAGCCUGAGCCCAUCUGCAGCAGCUUACGCACGAAGGGCACUCAUCAUCGAGGUGGCUUCAUCUUUGUGUGCCUUGACUAGCAGGCUGCCGAAGGAAAUGGCGAUGGCCAGGAUGCUGGGACAUAUUUUCACCACCAUCCCUCUAGGAGAAUCACUGGUGCUGGAGCUCAGUGUACCCUGUGUGCUCUACAUCUACCUUUUCUACUUAUUCUUCAGUAUGGCACGCAUGAGGGGAUUCAGAGGGACGUACUGCUUCCUGGUGCCGUACCUGGUCUGCUUCGUGUGGUGUGAGUUCUCUGUGGUCCUGCUGCGGAACUCCACCACCAUUGGCCUUAUCCGCACUUGUGUGGCCUACUUCCUCUUCCUGUUUGCCUUACCUGUUUUGGCUUUGGGUCUGAUGGCGAUGCUGCUGAUUCAGAUGGUUAAGUGGUUCCUGGAGUUGGAGUUAACAAAAAUGCUGGUGACCCUGGCAGUGUGCGCCGUCCCUGUGAUUCUGCGGCUUUGGACUCGAUUCAGCCUGUCCAUCCUAAAUGUCUUCCGUUCCAUCACCCAGAGAGGUCCGGUGAAACUGAUCCUCCUGUGCAUCACUACGGUGAUUUUCCUCUGCGGCGUCUAUGUCUAUAAUGCUGAAGGUCUGAAGGUGUAUAACUCCACAAUCACCUGGCAGGAAUAUGGUACAGUGUGCGGCCCACGUGCUUGGCAGGAUCGCGGGAUGGCUCAAACACAGCUCUUCUGCAGCCAUCUGGAGGGUCAUCGUGUCACCUGGACUGGAAUAUUCCGUCGUGUUCGUGUAGCUGAGAUGGAAAACGGAGCUCGGUCUGUUAUAAACUUGCUACCGGUGUUUAUGGGAGACUGGUUGCGGUGUCUCUAUGGUGAGGUUUAUCCAAAGUGUGAACCACAGAAUAAUAUGUCUCUAGUUGUGAAUGUCACAGGAGACUCGCCUGUCAAUGCCACAAUGCUGUUCCUCCAGCAGGAAGAGGAGGAGCUCUGUCGGAUAAAAGCCUAUGCUAAACACCAAUGCCACGUUAAACGCUUCGACAGCUACCGCUUUGAAGUGACGGUCGGCAUGCCGGUGGAUGGAGUCACACAACUUGACGAUCCGGCAGGCGACAUCCUCCUAAUGGCGAGUCACGAGUUUAAACAGGUGUUGCUGAACCUCAAUCCAGGCAGCAUGGUAGAGUUCAGUACAAAGCUGGAAGGGAAGUUGGGUACCAAACUACCUGCAUUUGAACUGAAAGCCAUACACUGUCUGGACUGCAGCUCGUCAUUGGUGCCUGAGGGACGACAGGUCAAGAUUGAACGGAACUGGAGGAAAACCAUGCUUAAAGCCAUUCAGUUUGCAUUUGACUUCUUCUUUGCUCCAUUUCUCUGUGCUAGGAUCAAUGUGUAACGAAGAAGUAGAAGAAAAGAUAACAUACGCAAAUCUGAAUCACAGUCAAAAUGUUUUUUUUUUUUCCUAUCCAAAGUCAGAAGAAUUGAAAAUAGCUGCUUUUGUUUGAUUUAAAAUACGGUAGAAGGUGUUAUAUUGUAAAAUAUUAUUACAAUUUACAAUAUCUGAAUUACUGUCACAUGAUCCUUCAGGUCAAAUACUAUCAUGUGAAAUAUAUAAUAAUAAGAAGACUGGAGUAAUGGCUGCCGAAAAUGUAUCUCUAAAGGAAUAAAUUAUGUCUUAAAUAGAAAACAGUUAUUUUAAAUUGUAUUAAUAGUUCACAAUAUUACUGUUUUACUGUGUUUUUGAUCAAAUAAAUGCAGCUUUGGUAAAUGCUUUUUUAACAGCAUAAAAACAAUUAUUCUACACUUUUGACUGGUAGUUUAUAAGUUUCAUGAUAGUUCUAUUAUAAAAUGGUAAGAUUAGUGUAAUCUGUCUAAAAAAAAAAGUAUUCAGCAAAAAUUUAAUUUAGUCGUCAUUAACAAGUGUUACAGAUUAAUAAUUUAAGUUUUUUUUUCAACUGCCCUCAUUCCACAGAUUAGCCAUGUUAUUUAGCAAGUUCUGCUCAAAUUAUAAUUUCUGCAUUCAUAGCAUUCUAUUCAACUGCAGAACAUAUGCAAAAAAACAGCAAGAUAUGACACAAUGGUCAAAGAUUUGUAAUGCACGUUUACAUACAAAAUGUUUAAAAAGCAGAUUUACAACUAAGAACCAAUGUUUCUGACCUUCAGAAAUUCAGCCUAACAUUUAUCACUAAUUUAUGAUAACAAUCAUUAUGUGCAGUGGAUCUUUAUUCACAAUUGAUUUAUUUUCUUGUUUGUGUGUCAUGAAUAAGAAUGCAUGGAACACUAGUAUUUAGAGUAUUUAUGAAAUGAAGUGUUUUUGUGGACAUGAGCCUUAUCUAUUAUUUGUUACAUUUUUUUCUUCUUUUUUGUCUUUUAAAUAACAUUUGUGUCUUUGAGUCACUGAUAAAAAUCUGUACACACUCAUACAGCCAGCUCACACUUUGACGCACUCUGAUGAUGUCACUGUUUGUUAAAUAUAAAAACCAUCUCUACACAGAUGUUUUCCUUAAAGGUUCUAUGACAAGUGGAUGUAAAACCUGUUUACAUUAUCUUUGGAAUUAGGUUUUUAUUUUUUGUGAAAAUAUAAAAAUGAAUUAAAGUGCCUUUAAUAUUC